AUGGCGCCAGCCCCGUCUCGCAUCUUUCCCGAGGAGGGAGAUGCCUUCAUCAACAAAGAGCCUCACUGGACCAACCGCUUGCCAACUGAAUUCAAACAAGCAUUUGGUUUGUGCCCUCCACCUCCGGCACCACCCCCUGGAUUUUGGCCUCAUCCUUCUCGCCGUCUCGUUCGCUCACCUUGGCUUUCAAAUCUUUCAUCACAACCCUCCCCCAGACUUCCAACCCGUCAACAGCAGCUUCCAACCCGUCAACAACACCUUUUAAUCCAUCAAACUCCUCCUCGAUUUCAAGGUUCUCUACACGGUCACGGCCAGCUACAAGGUCAAAAUCGUUCUCACAAUCCUUUUUUCCGUCACUCUGGUCAGCCAGAGUCUCAGCUUCAACCCAUUCCCCAGACCCAACGUCCUCCUCAGUUCACUCAGCGUCCCUCCAACAGCCCACCUCCACCGUACUCCAGCCCUCCUCCAGAAGUGGCUGAUCAGCUGUAUCAGUUGACUCAGAGUACUGUGAAUCACAUCGAGGACGUCUACGGUGUGAAUCUGAAUCGUGAACAAGCUCCUCUGUCAGUAGCUGAAGAAGAAGACCCCUUCGCUCUCUUCGACAAGGAGAUUGAUUCGCUCCUGGGACCGCCAGUCGACUCUGACACCGAAGACGCCGAAGAAGUCGAUACACUUUUUUCGGACUUCCUCGACUCUAACGCCAAGGGGCCAUUUGAAGCUUUUGCCGACUCCCCCACCACCCGCGCGCACGGCCCUACUUCCUCUGCUCCAUCUUCUUUCGUCGCGGUCAGACACUCCGACGCGGACGAACCCUCAGUCGAACCCAACAAGAAGGGUCGACUCCGCCGUGUCAAGAACAAGCACGGCCGCAAGAGACAGUACGAGCAGAAGAAGAAGAAGAUGGCUCUGCGCAUCUCCAACCGUUCCGAGCCCACCAAGGGCUCCACCGGCAAUGCUACCCCAACCAGCAUUGCCGACACCAUCAUCGCGUCGGACGUCGACAUUGUCCGUUCGCCCUCUCCUUCUCCCUCCCGCUUGCCCCUGCCUACUGAGGCCAUGAAUCUUCUUUCUGCGGCGCCGGCCAUCCCCGAGGCCCCGCCAAAGAAGAAGAGAAAGAACAAGGGGAAGAAGAAGAAGAAGGGGGAGCGACAGGCCGGCCAGGCCGGCGGCAACAACUUGGGGGUAUCUUCGGAUAUCCAGCUCACGGGUCCGGCUUCUCCUGCCCAGGAGUCGGGCGUCUCUCCCGUGGUGGCCACCUCUGAGGUGGAGAAUCAGACCGGUGGUCGCACUGGUCAAGAUGGUUCCUCCAAAACCUCGGAGGUCUUCACCGUCGUUGACGGUGAGGAAGCCACGGCUGAGUCGUUCGCUCCGAAACAGGAGUAUGUCGGUCCGUGCAUCGUUGACACGGAGGCGUGGCGCCAGCGUAUGCUGGCACGUCAAGCUGCCGAGGAAGCCGAGGCGGAGAGAGAGGUCGCCUUCCUCGCUGCCAACCCUCCCGUUGGCGAUCUUUUCUCUCACUCAGUUUAUCAGAGUGAGGAUAGCUGGGCUCAGUGGCCGAUGCCAGGUCAAUCGGUGCCAGCUCAGUACUCGCACGACGGUGGCCACCAGACUGGGUACGCUCAACCCCGGUCUGGCGUCGUUGAGAGCGCUUCUGGAGCUGAGCCGAUGUGUGGGUUCCACCCAGCCUGCUGCCAUCACCACGGCAGUCCCCGUCGCAGCUGCUGCUGCAUUCAUUUCCCAGCAGAUUGCUGGUUUGCCCCCGUGCCGCCCCGACCUGCCGACAACCAGGAGCUUGUGCCUGCGGUGGCUUCGCUUUUUGAAGCAAGCCGAAUGUCGAGCCCCAAGUCCUCGAGCUUGGGUGAGCCCGUCAGUGAGCCCAUCGUUGAUUCGGUGGAUUCGAUGUUUGCUGUCAGUGGACAGUCGCCCCGGGUCUCGUCUGCCUCUGCCCAGGCAAUGAACGAGCCCGCUGCCGUCCCUUCUGCGGCAAACACCGACACAAACCUGGAUGUUCCUCCCGCCAUCCAGGAGACAACCCCGGCCAACAACUCAAAGAAGAUGAGUUUGCACCAGGCUCACCUCGGCGAGGUCUUUACUCCGGAGGACUUGAAGUCCCCCAGUCUGUACUUUGACGCCAAGUCAAAGAACCUGAGCUCCUCCGUUCUGGCCAGCAACGAGUCGAAGGAGGCUUCGCGUGACAACAGCCGCAAGCCGUCGACUGCCGCCAGCAACGGCCCCGAGGAGGCAGGUGCGCCAGAGGCAGACUCCGGAGAGACUCGCAACCAGGGUUGCCAGACCACGCCUGCCGACAGCCGUCACAACCCCUGCCAGACUGAAGCCCCUCGCCCUCUGGCUUUCCAGACUGAGCAUGUCCAGGCGCUGUUUGGCAACCCUAAGUUUGCCGACAUCCAGCUCCUGCUGAGCCCAGACCUGUCUCACCCUCCCAUUGUGUACAACCUUCACAAGGCCAUCAUCGCUGGAAGUCCUUUCCUUUACAACGUGAUGGUCACCAAGUGGCACUGGGAUGGGCAUGUGGAUCAUAUUCGUGCUUUCACUGGAGUCUCAUUCACGUGUUCGCACGCCUUCACCAUGGCCCUCCAAGUCCUGUACGGCCUCCCACUCGUCACCGAAGAGACCCUUCGCAAGUCCACUCUCCAAGGACUGGGCCUCCCCGACGACAAUGGUACAGGCACAUACUCCUUCUCCAUUGAGCGCGCCAUGGUUGAUUUCGCCCUUUGCUACGCUGCCGCCGGCGCCUUCCUCGCCCGCCGCGAGAUUACUGAGCGAGGUAUCGACAUGGCCAUCAGCCACCUGUCCUGGGAGACUGCCGAGUUUAUCCUCAGCUUUGGCAUGACUCCUCUCACCUACAUGGUGACCUGUCCUGAUGUGCCUUUCCCUCCUAUCAGCCCCGCCAAUUCGCGCGCGUCCUCUCUCUCCGGUGGCCACGGCAAUGGCACUCCAGUCGUAGAACUCGACCACUUCCACGACUUCCACUAUGUCCAGGCGGAACGGGCUCAGAAUGCCGCCCUGCGUUUCAUCACCAACGCAGUUACCUCAGACUGGGAGCUGUAUCGACGUGCUCAGGCCCGAUACACCCCACGCCGUAUCCCCACGGCUCUCCACACCCUCCCAGGCUCUCUCCUAUCAAACCCACGCCUGGAGGAAAUCCGAUUCGGCAGCAUGCCUUCCUUCGCCGACCUGCGCCCCAAGGACCCAGCAAUCCUCGUUCCCUCUGCCAUGUUGAUCACCCUCCCAUACCGGGUCUUCAUGGUUGCUCUUGAAAUCAUGAAAGCUCGCGGCAACCUAAGCCUCGAGCUGAUGGAAGAGGUCGUGGAAGAGCGCGAGUCACGCCGCCUGAAUGCGCUGCGUGUCUCACUUCGUGUCGGCCGCUGGCAGGUCUCUCCUGAGGCCUUUGCCGAGUUGGAAUAUCGGGAAUUCGUCAAGAUGGAACCGACUGACGAGACUGACGAGAAUGAUGAGCGUGUGCUUCGUGCAACUGUCGACCGGGUUUGGGUGGGAGAUGAUGUACCCAACAGCUCACUCCUGAGACCCCGUGGUCCUGCCGCGCCUGUUCCUAGCCCUGCACCGGCCUUCCCUAGUCCUGCGCCUCCACUUGGCCAUGGUCAGUCUCCAACUCUUGGCUCAGGCCAUCCUCCAAGUUUUGGCCAUGACCCUGCAGCGUCUUUCCCCGGCUCCGCUUCUCAAUUUGGCCCCUGUCCAUCCCCUACUUCUGGCCCAGGCCCUUCUCCAUAUUUUGACCCAGGUCAUUCUCCGAAUUUUGGCCCUGGCUUUGCCGGACCUUUCCCUGGUCCUGAGCAUUCAAUUCUUCGUGGCCAUUCUCCUCAUGCUGGACCUGGUCGUUCUCCCCCUUUCGGCCGUGACCCUUCCAUGAGCAAUGCCGCCUGA